CAUGUAACUGGGUGUGGGUAGGGUAUUUCCGCAGAAGGUACCUACCCCUGGGCUGCUUGUACUAGGUCUGACGCCGCCAUGUCUGAGAAAUUUGAAGUUGUGAACCUGGAGCUGAAAUCAGGGGACAGUUUGAAGAUUAAGGGCAAACUCCCCGGGGAUGCUAAAAAAUUCUCCAUGAACAUUGGCCGCAACGCCAGUGAUGUGGCCUUACAUUUUAACCCUCGUCUUAACGAGAACACCAUUGUUUGCAACUCCAAGCGAAGCAACAACUGGGAGUCAGAGCAGCGAUCAGAUCACCAGUGUUUCAAAGCAGGGACAGAGGUCAAGUUUUCUAUAAAGUUUGAAGGUGACAAGUUUAACGUGAAACUUCCUGACGGACACGAAAUCUCAUUCCCCAAUCGCCACGGCUACGACAAACUCACCUACCUGUCUGUGAAUGGGGACUUUAAAGUCACAUCCUUCAAAUAUGAAUGAGAAAUUUCAUCCCCUGAAAUCUGCAAUAAAAUUAUAUUACAUGAAACACAAAA